UGUGCAGAACGUGCGUGCGCGCUUAUGCGCGGUUGUCGUUGCCUUCGUUCAGUUGAAACUUAAAAUUAACCGCGAUUUUUAGUUAUCGAAGAUGAUACGGAUAUGUUCUUGCGCAGUGCGAUGUGGCAUAGCCAACUUCAUGCCGCAAAUUGUGCGGCACCGUCAUGCUAAAACCCGAAACCCGUUCAAGAAACUUAAGCCGCUCGCGGUAAAGUUGGAGGAACCGGAACGAAGUAGACCAUUGGGAGGCGACUUCUCAGGCAAUUACGAUUUUGACGAUCUGGAGGAAGAUCCAGAAAAUGUCCUGGAACACGUUGAACAUUACUACGACCGUCAUAUGGAGGAACUCAGCUUUGAACGAAAACAAAUAAGAAAAGCGAUUGUACGGCGGAAGUACUUCAAGGAACUAUAUCCACCGGAAACGAACCUACUGACAUGGGCUGCAAAGCAGCAAAUCCAUUACCUGCACAGCCUUGACCCGUCAGAAUGGACGGCUGAAAGGAUCGCCGAAUGUUUCCCCGUGAGCGUGCAGGGAGCAAAGAAGCUGCUGAAAUCCCGAUUUACAACAGCGACAGCUGAAAGGAUAGCAGAACAUGACCAACAUGUACAACUCAAGUGGAAGGCAUUGAAAACAGGAAAGGCGGAUGAAAAGAUUUCGCCAACCACAAAAAAGCUGUACUUGGAGGGAAAGCUUCGGGAAGACCAGGCAUAUGGGAACAAGACGCUUCCUAUGCCACAUCAAGGAAGCGACACAAAUGCACUGGAGCUUUCACGUCUCUCUGCAAAAACCGGUGAAUACAGCAAGCUUAUUGCCCCCUACUUGAAGCUGAAGAACCCAGAGAAGAAAGUGUCUGACAGAAAAUAUGAACAGGCAAGCUUUGGACAAGAGUACGAGGAUAUUUAUACAGAAGAUGUAGCAGCUGCAACAACACUGAAGAGAAAAGGCAGUCAAAGAAUGCAUGUUAGAAUAGAUGAAUACAAGGCUGCAACCACGAAGAAGCCCGAGCACGAUGCAAGGCAGUGCAUGGAUUUCAGCACUGCAAUGCAUGCAAGCACAAGUGAACACGCUUCAGACACAAUAUCAGUGCCACUCCAGGACAAAGACAGCUCCUUGACAAUAGAUGGUGAUACUGAACAUGAUGAUACAUUUGAAAUUCUUGAAGCUGCCAAGUAUAACAGAGAUGACAAAAUGUCACAGCGAGCCAUCAGUGAGAUUUCAAAGGACUAUAAGUAUCCAGCAGACAAUGAAGUGCUGAGAAGGCAUAUCACAAUACCAUCUCAUUUGAAGAAUCGAGGUUGUGCUGUGCAUAGGGUUGGAAAGUGCUACUAUGAUGAAGACGGCGAAAUAUUGUACAAAAUUCCUUGA